GACGGAGCGUGCAAAGAGGAUGGACUCUGCAGGAGAAGAAGCGUCCCUGAAUUCACCUGAGCUGCCCUGGAACCAGCUUUAUUUGAAGAGAAGGACCGAGUCCAGGAUCCAGUUAAGGAGGAGAGUGUUCUUCACUGGCCCUGCUGCUGCUGCUGUUACCGUGGUAUUGGCAAUCCUCAUACUGGCUGCUGACAGUGUGAGCAGCGACAGUGAGUCUGUGAAAGUCUCGAGCUCAGUGAAGUGUACUGAGGGGCAGGACUGUAUCCUGAGCUGCUCUUUCAACUACACAGCUGUACGCUGGGAUGAGAAGUCACGUGUGACCUGGAGACAAGCAGAAACGCACGACAUCGUUCACAGAUACUAUAACAACACAGACCAGCUUGCCGAUCAGCUCCCUCAGUAUGUGAACAGGACCAGUCUGUUUGAUUCUGAGCUGCAGCGCGGGAACGCUUCACUGCUGCUGAGGAGAGUCGGGGAGAGAGAUGCUGGGAAUUACACGUGCUCUGUUUACACACCUGGGGGGUCUGAGUCGAGCCUGAUUGAGGUAGUCGUGGUUCCAGCGGACAACACAACAGCACCAUCUGUUGCGGCUAAACCCACAACAGCACCAGCUCAGGUGAAAGGACCAGACUACUACUGGGUUGUAGGACUAGUUGUUAUGAUUGGGUUAGGUCUCAUUUCUAUUUGGAAAACUAGAAAAGUCUGUUCUAACUUCUGGCAGAAUAUAAAGCAUGUGCGUUGUUGUUGCUGGAACUGCAACAAUGCUCCGAGCCGUCCAUCACAGGAGAUGCAGAUGGAGAUGGAGAUGGAAAGACUGUCGUCUGGGGGUGCUGAUCUGUAACCCCUCUGCAUCAGGGCUGCGAAUCGGUUUCAAAUUUGCUGCUCAACUGUUUUGAAAGUUUCGCACCAGAGAGCCGACUGCUGCUAAAUUAUCAAACCCCCCCCCCGAGGUCUUCAGAGAGUUUAAAAAAAAAUUCAACAUGUCUACUGCGCCACAAUUUAAUGUUGCCUCCGACGCUAUAGGAGGAACCCUGGCACAAAUCUCCAAGCCUGUACCCGUGUAUAUGAUGGAAACCAUCAAUUCGGUCGCUGUUUUAAAACAUGUUAAUAAAACAAAGCAGCCGUUUAUCUAUUUAAGAAAAAAAUAAUAAUAUUUAACCCCAGUCCUUGCUGCAACGGUUACAGCAUGCUUACCAUACAACAUGUAGAGCAAACACAUGGAAAAGUAGCGUGUACUGUUAUGAUCCACUUAAAUACUGCGCUUCAGAAAUGUUCACUUGUAGAAACAGGCUGACCAGCGUAUUUUAUUUCCAGUAGUCGUUGUAGACGAGGACAGUCGGAAGGCUCCAAAAGUUGACUUGCGCUCCCCUGAAUUCUCAUGAGGGACUGGACAUCAGCUUGUCUAGAAUGUCACGGUGUGUUUUUAUACUGCUACACAAAGUGGCACCCUUAACGAGCUGAUUUUUAGCAGGUGGUGCCGCUGAAGAAAUUACCAAAAAAUCAGAUAUUUUUAUUUUUUGCGACACUUUCAAUAACCAUUGUACGGUGCACUUGAAUGCGUUCCAAAUGCUUACCAAGCUGCACCCCUUGACCACAGGCAGUGAGGACAGGACAGUGAAACCCCGUGAAGGCAGACCGCUCCCCUGCACUGCUCAACAAACCCAGUUUAAUACAACCUCCCUCAGAGGAGAUACCUCUUCAAUCAGAAACAGCAGCUCUGUGGCUGCUUCCUGUAAAUCAUUACCAAUCAAAUCCAUCCAUUUAAAAAUACUGUGUAUUUAAAGGUGUGCAAUGACUAAUACAUGCCACUAGAUGGCUUCGAACCCAAAGAAAUUAAAUAGCUCUACAUGUAGAACACAGUUACUCUUGAAUUUUCACCAGUCUUCUCCAAACGUCAUAAGCUCCUGUCCUCUUGUAAGCAUUCCUGUUUCAGCCUAGAACACUGUUGUGCAAUGCACGGGUAUACAGCCUUUGUUGUGUGGUACCACUUCACAUGGAGUGGGAGUUGCAUAUUCUUGUGCAGCUUGAGUCACUAAUCGGUUUUAUUUAGCACAGCGAGCAAAUGUAUUUUCAGGGGUAAAAUGCAGCAUUACCUUGAAGACAUUGGUUAUUAUUAUUGUUAUUAUUAUUAAUUUCUUAGCAGACGCCCUUAUCCAGGGCGACUUACAAUUGUUACAAGAUAUCACAUUAUUUUUACAUACAAUUACCCAUUUAUACAGUUGGGUUUUACUGGAGCAAUCCAGGUAAAGUACCUUGCACAAGGGUACAGCAGCAGUGUCCCCCACCUGGGAUUGAACCAAUGACCCUCCGGUCAGGAGUCCAGAGCCCUGACCACUACUCCACACUGCUGAUAAUUUUCAUUUUGAUAAAUACUGUACAAUCUUUAAUAGUAAUGGGGUAGGCCUUACAAAAGAGCCUUCCAUUUUAACUAAUGUUACUUUGAGCUGCUGUACAGCCACGCGCGUGUUCUACAUGGUUCUUUAUCGGCUCAGCGCAUUUUUUCGAGGCAUCACACCGACUACAAAUUAAUUACGUUGCUUAUAUUUUAACAUAAAUUCUUAGACUCGGUGAACAUGUUAAAACUUCAAUAUAAAGCCAGACAUAUAAAUAAAAUAAGGACAUGCAUUAAUAAGUUAUUAAGCGGUUGCCUCUAUCAGUGGUUCCAGUUGCAUUUGUAGACUGGGGUGUUUAAGCUUCAACUUGUGUAGCUUCGAAUCUUUCUUACUCUUCCUGUGAUGAUUGGCUGCGAAGACAACAGGGCUAGCCAGAGAUUGGAUAAUGUUUGUUGACAUAGCUGCUGUCCUUCUCUCGCUCGCUUCUCAGUCUGGAAGAACAUGCUUGUGUAGCAUCUCGCCCCUCAGAUGGGCAUUAAAUAACAACACACACUACCCCAUGCAUUAUUCUCUCUAUAUACACCAGUCUGAAGUCUUGCUUGGUCCUUGUGUUUUUAUCAGGAUGGGAACAAAUACAAAACUCGUUUAUGAUGCUGUGAUCUCUUGCUCUUUGUGAAUCUGACUUUAGAGUCGCUGCUGUUUUGAAUUCAUUUUACCAGCAGCCACUCCAGACAGCCGUAAAACAAACUGUGCAGAGGCAGCUGUUUGCCAAAAAACGUAUUUUCUGACCCUGUGGGCACAAAAGUCACCCUCAUGCCAGCAAGCCAGUAGCCACACAGGACAGUUCAUACAAUUAACUCUGUACAGAGGCAACUGCUGCCAAAAACAGCAUUUUCUGAACAAAUACAUGGUUAUUAAGUUAAACGUUGUUGUUUGUUUCUGUGGCUAAUAUUUAGCUUUAUAUACGAGUCCAAAGCAAAAUUGCACAGCAUCCUACACUUUGAGGUAUAUUUAGUGGUGCUGCCCUCAAUGAAUGUAUUAAUGAAGGUCAUUGGCCUGGCCCUUUUUUUGCCAAUGUAGACCCCUGCACAGCUGGAAAAUAAGUGUUUAUGUUUGAAUUUGAUUUUCUGUGUUUCUGUAUUGUAGCUUUUUUUCUUUAUUAUAAAUAAGCAAAGCUUCGUCUUCUCUGAUUUAGUUGCAUUUGUUCUCCUUUGCAUUUUUAUUCAGGGUAAAUGUGUUUUAGUUUCUGGUAUAUUGCACUUUAAUUUAAGUAAGUUAUUUUAAUUCUGGAAGCCUCUUUGUUACUGUACUGGAAUGUUAAUGUUUGUUUUAUUUUUUAUCAAGUAUGUUUAAUAAAUAAAUAUUAGUUUCUGUGUAUGUUUGUAUUAUAAAUGCAAUCAGACAUCCUUUUGAGAUGUAUAUCUUUUUUUAAUGUUUUGUUGAAGAUUUGUUCUCGUUUGUGUUCAAUUUGCACUAAGUUUUUAAACAUGUUAUUUUAUUUCUGGAUGCAAUCGAAUAAAAGAGCCAUUUAAGAUUUUUUUAGAUAGAGAUAGUUUGAGGUUUAGAAUUGCAUUUAUUAUAAAUGUGACUGGUCAUCUGUUUGUGCUUGAUUCUGUACCAUAACAUAUCUGCUGCUAGAGAUGAUCUAUGAAGAGAUGCUGCAAUAAAAUGUCUUUUAAAGAA